AGAGCGGGUGUGAGCUCAGCUGGUUGCAGAGGGCACCAGGGGCUGCAGGAGUUCCCGGAGGGACCCCAAGACUCGUGAGCAGGGACCUGCAGUGCGGGUUAUGCUGGGGGCUUGGAUCCCUGUGGACAAUCAGAAACUCAGGACAGCACCAUGGGGGAUUACCAGGAGGAUUACGAAGAGGGGCUGGAGGAGAUUCUAGAGCAGGAGGAAUAUGAAGACCCAGACGUCCCUGUGGCCCAGGUGGAGGAGCCAGAAGCUUACCUCACCGAGCCAACAACCACAGACUUCCACAUCACAUCACAGCCAGGCACCCACGAGGUCUACGUGGAGCUGCAUGAAUUGGUGAUGGACGAGAAGAAUCAGGAGCUGCAAUGGAUGGAGGCAGCGCACUGGGUUCGACUGGAGGAGAACUUGGGGCAGGAUGGAGCCUGGGGCCGCCCGCACCUGUCUUACCUCAAUUUCUGGAGCCUCCUAGAGCUGCAAAGAACCUUUGCCAAGGGGACUGUCCUCCUGGACCUGUCAGAGACCUCCAUGGCUGGGGUGGUCAACCAACUACUGGACAGGUUUAUCUACGAAGGGCAGAUCCGGCCUCAGGACCGAGAUGAGCUGCUCCGGGUUCUGCUGCUCAAACACAGCCAUGCCGGAGACCUAGAGGCCCUAGGGGGUGUGAAGCCCACGGUUGUGACACGUUCUGGGGAACCCUCAGAGCCUCUGCUCCCCCAACACCCCUCACUGGAGAUAAAGCUCUUUUGUGAACAGGGAGAGGGAGGUACAGAAGGGCGCUCGCCAUCUGGAAUUUUGGAAAAGAUCCCUCCGGAUUCUGAGGCGACCCUGGUGCUAGUGGGCCGUGCCACCUUCCUGGAGCGGCCCGUUCUAGGAUUCGUGCGGCUGCAAGAGGCCGCGGAGCUGGAAGAUACAGCGAAGCUGCCUGUCCCCGUGCGCUUUCUCCUUGUGUUGCUGGGACCUGAGGCCCCUCACACGGACUACACCCAGCUGGGUCGGGCGGCUGCCACCCUCAUGUCGGAGAGAGUGUUCCGCAUGGAUGCUUACCUGGCCCAGAGUCGGGGGGAGUUGGUGUGCUCCCUGGAGAGCUUCCUGGACUGCAGCCUGGUGCUGCCUCCCUCAGAUGCCCCCUCAGAGCAGGCCCUGCUCAGUCUGGUGCCUGUGCAGAGGGAGCUGCUGCGGAGACGCUACCUGCCCAGCCCUGCCAAGCCAGACCCCAGCUUCUACAAGGGCUUAGAUUUGAAUGGGGGUCCAGGGGUCCCUGGUGGCCCAGAUGACCCUCUGCAACGAACAGGCAAACUCUUUGGGGGCCUGGUGCGUGACAUAAAGCGCCGUUACCCCCGCUACUUGAGUGACAUCACAGACUCACUCAGCCCCCAGGUCCUGGCUGCCGUCAUCUUCAUCUACUUUGCUGCCCUGUCACCAGCCAUCACCUUCGGCGGCCUUCUGGGCGAGAAGACCCAGAAUCUGAUGGGGGUGUCAGAGCUUCUCAUCUCCACUGCGGCGCAGGGCAUCCUCUUUGCCCUCCUGGCAGCUCAGCCCCUGCUUGUGGUUGGCUUCUCAGGGCCCCUGCUCGUGUUUGAGGAAGCCUUCUACUCGUUCUGCAACAACAAUAACCUGGAGUACCUCGUGGGCCGUGUGUGGAUCGGCUUCUGGCUCAUCUUUCUGGUGGUGCUGGUGGUGGCCUUUGAGGGCAGCUUCCUGGUCCGCUUCAUCUCCCGCUACACUCAGGAGAUCUUCUCCUUCCUCAUCUCCCUCAUCUUCAUCUACGAGACCUUCACCAAGCUAAUAAAGAUCUUCCAGAGCCACCCACUGCAGCAGCAUUAUCAGCACAAUGUGACGAUGGAGCCCAAACCUCAGGCCGCCCUGCCCAACACAGCCCUCCUCUCCCUUGUGCUCAUGGCUGGCACCUUCUUCUUUGCCAUGAUGCUGCGCAAGUUCAAGAACAGCUCCUACUUCCCUGGCAAGCUGCGACGGGUCAUUGGGGACUUUGGUGUUCCCAUCUCCAUCUUGAUCAUGGUCAUGGUGGAUUUCUUCAUCCAGGACACCUACACCCAGAAACUCAGCGUACCUGAAGGCCUCAAGGUGUCUAACAGCUCAGCUCGGGGCUGGGUCAUCCACCCACUAGGCUUGUACUCCCGCUUCCCCAUCUGGAUGAUGUUUGCCUCUGCCCUGCCUGCACUGCUGGUCUUCAUCCUCAUCUUCCUUGAGUCCCAGAUCACCACGCUGAUUAUCAGCAAACCCGAGCGUAAGAUGAUCAAGGGCUCCGGCUUCCACCUGGACCUGCUCUUGGUCAUUGGCAUGGGCGGAGUGGCCGCCCUCUUUGGGAUGCCCUGGCUCAGUGCCACCACGGUGCGUUCUGUCACCCACGCCAAUGCCCUCACCGUCAUGGGCAAGGCCAGUACUCCAGGUGCUGCUGCCCAGAUCCAGGAGGUCAAGGAGCAGAGGCUCAGCGGACUCCUGGUAUCUGUGCUUGUGGGCGUGUCCAUCCUCAUGGGGCCCGUCCUGUGCCAUAUCCCCCUGGCCGUGCUGUUUGGCAUCUUCCUCUACAUGGGAGUCACAUCCCUCAGCGGCAUCCAGCUCUUUGACCGCAUCUUGCUUCUCUUUAAGCCGCCCAAGUACCAUCCGGAUGUGCCCUACGUCAAGCGGGUAAAGACCUGGCGCAUGCACUUGUUCACGGGCAUCCAGAUCAUCUGCCUGGCAGUGCUGUGGGCAGUGAAGUCCCUCCCGAACAUCUCGCUGGCCCUGCCCUUCGUCCUUAUCCUCACGGUGCCCCUGCGCCGCUUCCUGCUGCCACUCAUCUUCAGGAACCUGGAGCUCCAGUGUCUGGAUGCUGAUGAUGCCAAGCCAACCUUUGAUGAGGAGGAAGGUCAGGAUGAAUACGACGAGGUGGCCAUGCCUGUGUGAGAGGAGGGCCCAGGCCCAGACCCCUCCACCAUUCUAUUGCUUCUCUCUCUCAGGAAAAGCAAAAGCUCACGGGCACCUCAUGAACUCCCAGGUCCAUUGUGGGGCAACAGCUGAGACCCCGGGGCUGUGGGUUGGGAAAGGAGGGAGUGUCUAGGAAACCUUCCAUGAUGAAUAGACUGGCUUUUCUGGCUGGAAAUGGCCCGUGGAGCCCACAUUAAGGCAUUUGCUGUGCAGCCUCUCCUGCUGCCAUGCGACCACCUGGGGAUACGGUGUUGGGAGUCCCACCUCCUCAUGGCACAGACAGGGGCAGUAGUGAGGGUGGGAGUCAUGGGGGGGUCAAAUUCCUGCUUGCUGUGUGACCUUGGACAAGUCCCUUAACCUCUCCAGCCUCUGCUUCCUCUUCUGUAAAAUGGGUAUAUUGAAAAUAAUACCCACCUUACAGGAUGGUUACUGAGGACCAAAGAUAAACGUGAACGAAGGGCUUUGUAAACUCUGAAAGAACUAUUAUGCGGUAGUCAUCGUUCUUCUUCAGGCCUGCCUGAGGUCACACAGCUCCUGAGCCAUACAGCUGGGAUUUGAAUCAGGUCUCCUGACUCUGAGGCCAAAGCUCUGUGCUCUGCUUCAGUCAUCCACCUUCUCAUGCUGAGAGAUGCCCCGGCUGACUCCUUCUUUCCCCUUCUCUGCUCCCAACCCCUUCCCAGGGACCGUUUUCUCUGGAGCAGAGGGAGUUGUCCUGGUGAGGGCAAGGUGCAGUGUGAGGAGACAAUCAGGGCUGGGAUUCAGGACUCCAAAAUGCUUGCUUCCUCCCCUCAUGCUCUCAAUCAUUCACCAUUCAUUCAUUCCACAAACAUUUACUGAGCCUCUGGACCUGGUGGACACAGAGGUGACUGAGACAAGACCUGCCCAGGGGUAGGGGGUAGGGAGACAACACACAGUCUGUUCUAUAUUUGGAUGGGGGAUGAAGGGAGGGAAGAGAUGGGGAAGGAAAGGGGAGGGAGGUUUGUAAUUUAUUGAUUGUGUAUUUUCUCAGAGCUAUCAUUGUACUUUGGCUACACACACACACACACACUCAAGCCACCCAUUAGAGACCCACUUUCCCCACCCCUACCACUCCGAAUCUUGAGGCGAACCCAGAUUUGACCACUUGGGAUAAGAGAUAGUGGGUUCCACAGAAUAUGGGCAAAAUCUAUUUUUUUAUAAAGCAAAAAUAUAAAAAGAGUUGAAAGAA